ACUAGUUAACAGCCUGCGAGCUGCCGCCACUUGUUUUAGGCUCGCUCGCUUAAUCUCAGCUCCCCUCGGCGCGUGUGCCUGUGUGUGUGUGCAGGGGGAGGACUUGAUUGCCAUUGGCUCGGCUUGCGCUGCCCACCCACAUCUCUUCCACAUCACCUUGGUGUCUCCCUAAAUAAAACCAGCCCUCCUUAUCGCGCCGAGGAAAUCAAGAGCGAGAGUUUGAAUGGAUUUUAUAUAAAUAUUUACCCGACGAAGCUGCUGCUGAGCUCGUGGGAUAAACUCGCAGCAGCUGGUCUCACUCUGCUUCCCUCGCCCACCCCUAAAAGGGUUUUAUUACUUUGCAGAGGAGAGGGGAGAGAUCCAGAUCMCAGUUCUGGCUCCAGACUGACCUGAAAAGCAGGACCAGGAUUUAACUGAACUAUGGAUCUGAAGGACAGCACCAGUGAGGGCAGCAUGGGCAGCCUGCAGCCUUCCAGCAUCCAGAUUUUUGCCAACACCACCACGCUGCAUGGGAUCCGCCACGUCUUCGUCUAUGGGCCGGUGACCAUCCGGCGCCUGCUCUGGACCUUGGCCUUUGUGGGCUCGCUGGGUCUGCUCCUGGUGGAGAGCUCGGACAGGGUGGCUUUUUACUUCUCCUACCAGCACGUGACCAAAGUGGACGAGGUGGUGGCAAACAGCCUGGUUUUCCCCGCCGUCACCAUCUGUAACCUCAAUGAGUUCCGCUUCUCCCGCCUCACCACCAAUGACCUGUACCACGCCGGCGAGCUUCUGGCGCUGCUGGACGUCAACCUGCAGAUCCCCAACCCCCACCUGGCUGACCCUGCYGUCUUGGCCACCCUCCAAGAAAAGGCCAACUUCAAGCAGUAUAAACCCAAAGUUUUCAGCAUGCAGGAGUUUUUGGCACGGGUCGGCCACGACCUGAAGGAUAUGAUGCUGUACUGCAAGUUCAGAGGCCAGGAGUGCAACCACAAGGACUUCAAAACUCUGCCACUGGAUGGGAGUAACGUGAAGCCCCAAACACCACAGGUGUGCGGUGUGGCCAUGCAGGGAGGAGGAGRAGCCCUGAACCCGACACUUGGCACCACCCCAAGCUUGGAUCAGCCAUCCCAGAGAGGGAUGUCACUGUGGCUGUCUCCAGCACAGGCAUUGCCCGGGAGGUGCCACCGGCUCAGGCACUGCUGUGAGAAGAGGACAGUAGUUCAGGAUUGAUUGCAGGAGGAGCAGAGCACCCACUGCAUGAAUUCCUCAGGCUCUUGUGAAGAAGCAGUUGGCAAGUCUGUGCUUUGAAGAGAGAACAUUAGACCCAAGUCUGGAUUUCAGACAGCCUUUGGAUGUCAUCUUUCCCUGUUCCCUGAAAGAGCUGUCAUCUCUGGGUUAAGAAAUGACUUAAAAAUGCAGUGUCAAGAGCAAGGCCUCCUCCAACAGCUUCCAGAAGAUCCAACUGCUGUGUGACAGACUCACAUCAUCACUUGAAAACUUUUUCCAAACACAGCUCCUCAGCACCAUUUCUUUCUGGCCCAGGUGGGCACCAAAGUGCAGACCCUGAAAUGCUCCUGAAUGCAUCCCUUGGUUCCUCAUUCCGGUGGUUGUGGCAGGAUCUGUUAUUGUAUCUCAGGUUGAUGUGCAGGUGUGGUGUGAGGUGCGCUCAGGGGCAGUGUGAGGAGGAGAAACUGCUCUCCCAGAAGACAUCUCCUCUGUGGCUCUAGGUGGGGAUGUCUGGCUGAUGGCUGCAAGGUUUGGGUGAUGGUUGCAGGUGGUUCUGGUUCAGGUUCUGCAGCUCUGGCUGCCCCUCACUCUGUAGCACCACAUUCCUGUCUGGGCUGAGCAGAAUUUGGGAUCUGACAGAACAGGUGAAGGUGGCUGAGCCUCCUCUGGAGAGGGGUCAGGGUGGCAUUUGCUCCCAGUCCUGCUCUGACAUGGGUGGAAUGUGCUGAAAGGGAGAUUUGGGCUCUCCCACUUUGGUACAGAAUGGGUUGGAGACACAGAAUAUUUCUCCCAGUGUUUCACAAAUGAUACUGGCAGUGAAUGAACACUGAUGACAACUACAAGGACUUCACUAAAAGCUCCCUUUCCUGGGAGCACGGUGCCUCUUUAGGACCAGGAGUCUGCCUGUCCUGUGUCUUUGGGAAUGUUCCUCCAACUGCCAGGUGCAGAAGCUAAGAGGACAAGCCCCAGAAUGGGGAGGGAAAUGAGAAUAUUUGUUAUUAUCAGCUAAUAUUUUAGAAAGCUGUGGAAAUCAGGAGUACAGUUCAGUUGCCCCAUGAUCAUAGAAUCGUGGAAUGGCCUGGGUGGGAAGGGACGUUAAAAACCAUCCAGUGCCAUCCCUGACAUGGGCAGGSACAUUUCCCACUGUCCCAGGSUGCUCCAAGCCCUGUCCAGCCUGGCCCUGGACACUCCCAGGGAUACAGGGGCAGCCACAGCUGCUCUGGGCACCCUGUGCCAGAGAAUCACCUCCCUCACAGGRCAGGAUUCCUUCCCAGUAUUUAAUAAUUCUGCUGCAGAGAACUGAUAUUUCCCAGCCUGUGUCAGUGCAGGAUUGGAGAAGUUGAUGCAGCUCCUGAAGCCCAUCACAACCACCCCGGAAGAUGCAGAUUUCAGGAGUCUGUUUUCCUUCUGGAGUUCCUUCUUAUGGAUCCAAGCAGCCAGGCCAACCUUCCCAUGGAUCCAGGCCAAGGACUACAUUUGCUAGAAGGUGCUGCAGAGAUUUCACAUUCUCAGAGAAAGGGAGGCGUCAUCCAAGUGUUCUGUGCCUKGGUUUAGAAGAGAAAGAUUGAAAUGAAUCUGCACAGAAAAUGCUUAACAUCCUGAUUAUUUUAGAACUACAUCAAGCUCAUGACAGAAAAGAUGUCCUGCCAUGGCUAAUCCUGUCUUUGGAUUGAUUAGCUGGACCAGAUCUGGGAAUUGAGCCAAAAAGCRCCAGAAACUCCUGCUACUGAAUGCUGGCUGCCAGUUUGGGAGCACCAGACACAGCUGUGUUUGGUGGGGCCCAGGACUGUCACUCAGCCUCUGCAAUGCACUACCCUGAUCCUGGCUCCUUGGCAGCCUUCCCAGGGAAGGAGCUCAGUGGGAUAACAGGGCCCAUUCAGUGGGUUUGGAGGCUGCCCUGCUAAACCACAUUUGGCUGAGGCUCGAGGCAGCAAAGCUCCCAGGAGGGAGCAAAUGGAGUGGGAACAUCCCACAACACCACCAAACCCUGCCCAUCUUCCCAUGCCAGGGACAGCACGGGACAGGCACAGCUCGAGAAUGAACAUUCCACAGGGAAAGCCAGCAGGCCUGGGCUGUGGAGCCUCUUCUGUGCCAGCAGAGAAAUCCAUGGCAGCUGUCUGGGCUCAGGGCUGCUAUCCUGCACAGCUUUCCUUGGCAAAGGCCCUCAAUUUGCUUUUGUCUGAUUUAUUGGGAUUUGGGACCUAACUGCACAGUCUUGUUACUUUAGAAAGGAGRUUUAGGAGGAAGAAUAUUCUGUUUGCCAUUGGUACAGCAAAACUUGAAUUGUUUUGGUUUACUCUGAUGUCAAAUAAGUGUUUUCAUUUUUUUUUAUAACCUCCUUUUUUAUUUUAUGCAAACCCCUAAUCAGAAUAAACCAUCUCAAACCAAAGUAUUCCGACUCAGAGAAUUCCCUCUCUCUCUCCACAUCCCCAUUUUUGUCUUCCUCCACCUCCCCAUUUUUUUUCUGUUUUAGUUUUAUUUUCAUUUCCGUUUGGUUUUACUUUGUUCUACAAAGAGCACAUGGCAAAAAGCUGGGGUUUUCAGAGAGGGUUGUAAGAUUUUUUUAAGCCCAUACCUGGCAGUUCUCUAUAGGCUCAGGGAACCAACCUCAGUUCACCUAUUGUGCCUUUCCCAAGGGCUGAAAUUCCCUUUCACCCCACACCUGCACUGAGCUAAGCAAAAAAGCAAUUGGAUGGUUGGCAUGUGACUCAAGGAAAUGAGAAAAAAACAUUAUCGUCAUACCAUUAAUUAAUUUAAAAAAUAAUUUUAAAACCCUUUAGAAAUGAACUGGAUAAAUCUAUUAUGAUUCUGGCAAUUUUUGAGCAAUUUUCAGCUAAUAAGUCCAAUUGAAGGAGGAUUUGAAAUGAAACAUCACUUCAAAUGAAAAAUAAUCAGAGCUUGUUUGUUCUCAAAGUGCCAGACUGACACAAACACUAAAAGCCCCUGAAAUGUUUAUGUUCUUAUUUUUUCCAAUUAACAGCUUGAAUUUACAGCAUGUAUUAUUAUCAAUCUAAGUUAGUUUUUUUACACUGGAAAAAUUGAUUCCAUCUCCCUCUCUCUAGACUGACAGAGUUUACCUYCUCCUUGUUACAGUCUUAUUCUGCUGCCGUAUUUCAAACAAAUCCCAGCCUUAGUGUUAAAAAGUAAUCAAAAGGAARCACCCAAUAAAGCUGUUUGCUCUGAUUAAGUAAGGCACUUGCUUUGCACAUGAAAGUCAGCAUUAUGAGUAAACUUGAAAACAGCCUUUUUUUCCUGAGUCUUGCCUCUAAAUCAACAUUUCAGGUGAGGAUGUAU